GGGCUGUUGUGGUGCAAUGUAAAACACGGGGGAAGAGAGAGAGAGAGAGAGAGAGAGAGAGAGAGAGAGAGAGAGAGAGAGAGAGAGAGAGAGAGAGAGAGAGAGAGAGAGAGAGAUUCCUUAGGGUUGAGAGUAGAAGAAGGGACAGAUUGUCAAUAAGUGAUAAGCAGGAUGGAUGACGGAAGUAUGUUUGAAGAGGAUGAGGACUUGUAUGUUCUGCUGGGUUUAGAGAAAGGGGUGGAGAGCACAGAGGCAGAGAUCAGGCGAGGUUACCGUCGCAAGGCCCUAGAAUGGCACCCAGAUAAACGGCAAGGGGAUGAGUCUGCAGUGGAGGUGUUCCGGAAGAUUCAAAAGGCAUAUGAGGUUCUUGUCGAUGUGAAAGCUCGUCAGGCAUACGAUGCUCUCAUUAAGGCAAGAAAGGAACGCGCAGAGAGGGAGGGGCGGCAGGACGUCAAGCGACAGAAGAUGAAGGCUGACCUAGUAGCACGGGAACGCGCAUAUGCUCAGCAGAAAUCGGAGGAGGAGACUGCGAAGGAGAGGCUGAAGGCGGAGCUGGCACGGUUGCGGAGGGAGCAUGAAGCCAGGGAGAGGAAGAAGACGGCGGAGGGUGAGAAGCGUGGGGAAGCUCCACCGACACAGGUCACGGGAGCAGUGCCAGGGCAGCAGCAGAGUGCAGAAACGGUGCAUGCGAGCAAACCUGCUACAGACGAGUAUCAAGAGCGUAUCUUGAAGGUGAGCUGGAUGAAGGAUGCUUCAGGAGCUGAAGGAUACACAGAACUGAGCUUGAAAGAAGCAUUCUUGAAAUUUGGACCCGUCGAGGAUGUGAUUGUGAAGGCGAAAAAGAGGAAAGGAACUGCCAUGGUUGUUAUGGUGAGCAGGUGCGAUGCGAUUCGCGCAGCUCAGAGCGUAUGUGGAGACCUGGCUAACCCGCUGCUUGUGGUUCCGUUGUCAAAGUCGACAGCUGCGGCCGCAGUUGCGGGCGAGCCAGUGGCUGCAGAUGCAUCUGGUCCUCCAACCUCUGGACAUGGGAGAGAAAUGACAUCACCUGAGCCAGUGGCUGCAGAUGCAUCUGGUCCUGCUGCCAGUAAUUCUGCAGGACGAAGCGGGGGACCUUCUUUCAUAACGUACGAGAAUGCAAUACUCAAGAAGAUGCAAGAAGCUGCUGAACAGGCUCGGCUUAUAAGAGAGAAGCGUGAACGGCAGAUGGCUGAACUGAAGGCGCAGGAUGCCGAUCUGUUUUCUCUGCGCAUCGCGGACGAAGACAAAGCCAUGAACGCAUUGGUUUCGGCAUAUGGCGAUGGUUCUAGAAGUGAUGGUGAAGAGGAGGGGAAGAGUCUAGCGGCCGCGAAGGAGCUUGCAGCACAUGACUCGGCGCUACUUCCUGAUUCCAAUGCGGCGCCGGAGGAGCCUGGCAAGAAAAGGAAGUUGCAGAGCAUUGCUUUGGCGCCGUCACCGACGGGAUCGGACGAUGUGAGAAGAUACGUUUCGAAGCGCGAGCGUAUGGCCUCCGCUGUGAGAAGUAAUUCUCCUUCAAGGUUAGCGGACGAAGGGAAGUUAGGAGGUGGUGGGAGGGAGGUUGGAGAUGGCAAAAGGGAGGUGGGAGGUGGUGGGAGUGAGGUUGGAGAUGGCGAAAGGGAGGUGGGAGGUGGCAGGAGUGAGUUGGGAGGUGGCGGGAGUGGCGUGGAAGAUGGCGGGAGGGAUUUGGGAGGCGGCGGGAGGGAGGUGGGGAAUGGCGGAAGGGAGGUGGGAGGUGGCGGGAGUGAGGUUGGAGAUGGCAAAAGGGAGGUAGGAGGUGGUGGGAGUGAGGUGGGGGAUGGGGGGAGUGAUGUGGAAGAUGGAGAGAGGAAGGUGGGAGAUGGUGGAAGGGAGGUGGGAGGUGGCGAGAGGGAGGUGGCGAGAUGGAGGUGGGAGGUGGCAGGAGGGAGGUGGGAGAUGGUGGGAGGGAGGGAGGAGGUGGCAGGAGGGAGGUUGGAGAUGGCGGAAGGGAUGUGGGAGGUGGCGGGAGUGAGGUGGAAGCUGAAACCGCCCCUGGCGUCCCCGAAAUUCUCCCCCAAAGCCCGCGCGCCAGGGCCGGACGUGGCCUGCCCGGGAGACCCAUGCGGCGGUGCAGGCAUCCUUACAGAAUCUCAUUUUGCGGCGGAUUCACUCCCUGGAAGGAUCAAACAUGUUUUGGCACAGCGAGACAAUGGGGCCGCUCCGCGGUCGAACUAUAUUCCAAAGAAGGACAUCGCUUUCCUCGAGGGUCAUACACGCGGAGUCAAUUGUGUGAGGUGGUCACAACCCCAUGGGCAUUUGCUGGCAUCGGCAAGCAUGGACCAGACAGUUCGCAUUUGGAACGUCUGGGGGGAUGAUGAGGCUUCGCAGUGUGUGCGGACGAUUGCUGGCCACAACGGCGCCGUGAAAGAUGUCCAGUGGUCGCCUGCAGACCCCCAUUUGGUGCUUUCGGGGGGGUUCGAUACCUGCAUGAGACUGACCGACGUCGAGACAGGGCAGUGCGUGCGAACCUUCCUUACCGAGGAUUUUGUAAAUGCGGUGAAGUUUCAUCCGACAGAACCGCAUCUCUUCCUGUCGGGGGGCGCCAAGGCCAUCCUAAGGUGUUGGGACGUCCGCAGCAACGACAGGAAAGGCGGAGACGAGUCUGGUUCAAAGAUGGUCCGCGUUCUCGGCGGGAUGGGCGGCCAGCCCCGAGAUCGAGGACCGAAAGUUUUUCCAAAACUUAUGGGACAGGUGCUCGACUUGGACUUCCACAGGGACGGAAAAGAGUUCAUCGCGACGUACGAUGUUGCGAGAAGGAACACGCUGGACAAAGCCGUUGUCGUGUGGGGUUUCGACCUGGGCGUGAUUUUAUCCAACCAAGUGUACCUGGAGGGGUACACGUGUCCCUGCGUGAGGUACCAUCCGACGCAGGAAAGCUUCGUGGCCCAGUCGAAUGCGGAUUGCAUCUCGGUAUUUUCAGCACGAGCACCGUACAAGAGGAACUCGCACCGAAGGUUGCAAGGACACUCCGUUGCGGGAUAUCGGGUGCAGUGCAACUUCAGUCCAGAUGGAGAGUUGCUUGUGACCGGGUCUGCCGAUGGAAGUGUCCAUUUUUACAGGUAUUCUACAGGAAAGGCCCUUAGGGCCCUCCAAGCCCACUCCAUGGUUUGUACUGAUGCUGUCUAUCAUCCACUGCUUCCGUCCAUCAUAGCCACCUGUAGCUGGGAUGGCGUAGUUUCUGUGUUUGAGUGAAAGCCACAUACUUUCACACACACACUCAUUCUUAUGGAUUCACGUUUGAGAGAGAGAGAGAGAGAGAGAGAGAGAGAGAGAGAGAGAGAGAGAGAGAGAGAGAGAGAGAGAGAGAGAGAGNGAGAGAGAGAGAGAGAGAGAGAGAGAGAGAGAGAGAGAGAGAGAGAGAGAGAGAGAGAGAGAGAGAGAGGUCGCUGAACCAACGAGGAGAGAAAAGCGUCAUUUUAGUGGGUGUAUGAGAAUUUGGACAGAAACGCAAGGUCUGCAAUGACCAAGGACUAGCAAAAUUUGACGAGUCGAUGCCCAUCUUCGUGCCACGGGAUGUGCCAGUCCAGUCGGCGUGGUUCCGAUUUCUGCCGGUGCGACCUUCUGGAGGAGUUUUCGCAACAGAUUGAAGGUACCUUGCAGGAUAGAAUGGGUGUGUGCGACUUAACGAAGCCAACACUUCACUUGCCAUUUAGCCAUCGAAUGAAGCAGACGCUGAGAUGUGAUAGGGUCGUCGCCAGCUCAUCACAUAGGGUCGUCGCCAGCUCAUCACAUAGGGUCGUCGCCAGCUCAUCACAUAGGGUCAUCGCCAGCUCAUCACAGGUUGACUCUGGGGGAAAAUAUAUAAGUUCUGUAUCGAUGAAUGAAAGGUGCUUCGAAGUCAAGUUAUGGCCAGGCCUGGAUGAACCUGACUGCAAUUACGGCGAGAGGUGGAUGAUUAUAACUCUGGCUGGAAGGACUUUUCUAAAUGUAUCUGACUGCAAUUACAGCGAGAUAUGGAUGAAUAUGACUGCAAUCGCAUGCAGAGCAGCUAAGUAGAAAAAGUCUUAGUGCGUGUGUCCCCCUUAGUCAUAUUGGAGUAAUCCUUUUUUGUAGCCACCGGAACUUGUGAACGGAAUGUGUGCAGGUGGAAAAACCGUCCUCACACGUGUGAAUUUAACCUCUGCGGGUGUCCAAGUGAGCCUUCGCGACAUCCGUUGUUAACAUCGGAACGAUACAGAGAAUCAAGAUUCGCAUGACCCCUGCGCUUUCAAGGAUGACAAGCAUAAAUCGAGAAAUGGUCCACACGUGCAAACAGUCUGUUCGAUACAGUCAUGAUCUUUUUUUGAGUGUAUAGCGAAUAUGACAACAACACACACACACUCUGCUGGUGGAGGAGACGUAAUGGGAUAAAAGUUCAUAAAACUUGUUAAAACUAAUAAAAAGCUUUUUGAUAA